AUGCAAGAAGUUGGAGAUAUGCAAAGGGUUGGAGGAGCAACAGGAGCUGGAAAUGUGCAAAGUAACGUUUUGUGUGUAUUUGAGUAUGUAUUGUCAUAUGCUCUAACCUUAGCUAUAAGUGUUGUUGAAUACCCAUCCAUAAUCAUAUAUACCUCUUAUAUUGGAACUCAUGAAACAAUGUUUAUAACCUUAUCGUUGGGUGCUGUUUGGCAGUAUAAGUUCCAGGUUGGUUUUUUUAGCAGUGCGUUUCAGUUUGAACUUAUUAUGUAUUUUGUUUCAGUUAUGGAACAAGAACCUCCAGCAGCAACCACAGCAGCAGCAACAACACCCAUUGAGGUCUGCACAAAUCAGCCUCCUAUUGGCCGGAAGAGAAGAAGAGCUAAUGCAAAUGCUAUUAGAAAGAGGUCUGAGGUAUGGGACCAUUUUAACCUUAUUCCUGAUAGUGAUCCCGCUACUGCGGCAUGUAAGUACUGCCAUCAAAAGUAUAUGUGUGACUCUAAGAAACACGGAACGUCAAAUUUAAAGAGUCACAUGAAAACAUGUCCUAAAUAUCCGUUGAACCUUUCAACCGACCCUACCCAAACCGUAUUGACAUAUUCAACAAUUCCGGGAGUUGGGUUGGUUCCAACAUCUUCUAGGUUUGAUCCUGUAGGUUGUAGAAAGGGGUUGGCUUACUUUAUUAUUUUAGAUGAGAAGCCCUUUAGAACAGUUGAAGGAGAGGGAGUCAAGUACUUUUGUUACCAAAUGCAACCCCAAUUUACAAUACCAUCAAGAAGAACCAUAGCUAGGGAUUGUUUUCAGAUAUAUCUUGAUGAGAAAGUGAGGUUGAGAGCAUUAUUUAGUUCUGAUUGUAGUAGGGUGGCAAUUACAACAGAUUGUUGGACUUCCGUUCAAAAUCUAAACUACCUGACCCUCACUGCUCAUUUUAUAGAUAGGGAUUGGCAAUACCAAAAAAGGAUAAUCAGCUUUGCGAUUAUCCCAAAUCACCGAGGUAAAACAGUUGGUAAGAAGGUUGAGGAUGUGCUGAAGGAGUGGGGGCUGAGAAACGUUUCAACUAUCACGGUAGAUAACGCAGCAUCAAAUGAUGUUGCUGUUAAGUAUUUAGAGCAGAAGAUAAGAAACAUGAAUGGACUUUUUAUGGAUGGAUUUGGGUUUCACAUGAGGUGCUGCGCACAUAUACUGAAUUUGGUCGUGAGAGAUGGAUUAAAAGUAGCCAGCACCUCAAUUUCAAGUGUUCGAAAUGCGAUAAGGUAUGUGAGAUCUUCACCCCAUAGAGCAUUAAAGUUCAAUGAAUGUGUGGGUUAUGCCAAUAUUACAUGCAAGAAGUCGGUAUGUCUUGAUGUUUCAACUCGUUGGAACUCGACGUAUUUGAUGUUAGAUGCAGCUGAGAAGUAUGAAACAGCUUUUGAUAAGCUAGAAGAUGAGGUUGAGGAUUAUAGGGAUUUCUUUGAAGGUGAUUCCCCCCCUAGUAGUGAAGAUUGGGAGAAUGUUAGGGUAUUUAUUAAGUUUUUGAAGAAUUAUUAUGAAGCGACAACUGUUUUUUCUGUUUCAACAAAAGCAAGUUUGCAUACAGCCUUCCCUUUCUUGGCUGGAAUUUACGUUGAGCUUAAGUCAUUAAACUUGGACCUAAAUGGACUGUUUGCUAGUGUUGCUAAGGAAAUGUUGGAUAAAUUUAAGAAAUAUUGGAUUGAUAUCACUAAGAUGAACCAACUCCUCUAUUUGGGUGUUAUUUUUGAUCCCCGGUAUAAGUUACGAUUUGUGGACUGGUGCUUUAGUGAUAUGUAUGGACCACUUUCAGAAACUAAGAAAUCUUUGUUAGAAGAGAUCAAUAACAAUCUUUCAAAAAUCUUCAUGGUUUACAAACAAGCCUAUGACAAUGUCGAAGGACCUGUCCCAGCUAUGGCAGCCACCGUUUCUAAUGGUGAAACUGCUGCCAACGUCGAAGUACCGGCACAUGUAGCUAGACAGAAUGCUUUUCAGCAACAUUUGAAGUCUAUGGAUUCGGUUGAAGAAGUAACUGAGCUUCAGAGCUAUUUAAAAGAAAAAUGCAUAAGGUUUAAUGAAAAGGAUAAAGAUAAGUUUGACAUUCUAAGUUGGUGGAAACAUAAUGUUAGAGAAUACCCAGUUCUGUCCCAAAUUGUUAGAGAUAUAAUGGCUACACCAGUUUCAACGGUGGCUUCUGAGAGUGCUUUUAGCACCGGUGGGAGGGUUUUAGAGGUAUAUAGAAGCUCUCUCAAACCUGAAAUGGCCGAGGCUCUUAUUUGUGCACAAAAUUGGUUGAGGCCUUCAUUAGAUCAGUUCAAAGACUUGGAAUUUACUGAAGAUUAUGAGAUUUCUGAAGAUGCUUUAAAAGGAUUUGCUGAACUUUCACUCGGAAGUGGAGCAUCGUCUUCAUCUCAGACACAGCCUUCUGGCUCUACUUUUUUUGGAGUCAUGGAUGACUCGUUUUUUGAAGCCGACAUUAACACAACCAACACUUUUUGA